UCAACUCUUCCCGUUCACCAAAGGCGCAGAAAGGUCUUCCGCAGGCUUGUGCUGUAGGGCCCGGAAUUACUUCCGGGAGAAAGGAUCUGGGGGCGUGUACUUCCGGGUUGUCGCCUCGGGGCGUGAUCUGUAAGAUCGGAGUCGCGCCGGAAGAGCCAUGUCCGAUUCGGAGGAUUUUUCGUCGGAGGAGGACGAGGAUUACCUGCCCUCAGGGGAAGAAUACAGUGAAGAUGAUGUCAGUGAGCUGAUAAAAGAAGAAGAAGAAGUAGAGGAGCAGAAGCAGCAGCCGCCAGACUGGAAGAAAUGCAAAAAGGACGCUAAAGGAAUCGCACCUCGGAAAAGAAAGAAACAAGGCAGGCUUUUCUUAGACGUGGCUGAAGGAGAAUCUUCGAAAGACAAUAAAAGCGACGAGGACAGUGAACCGGGAGAAAGUCAUAACACGCAUAUAAACGAAAACGAGGAAAGAAAAAAGGAGGAGGCAUUGUGGGCCAGCUUUCUCAGUGAUGUUGGCCAGAAACCCAAAGUCAUUUCUGCAGAACCAGCUCCCUGCAACCAGAAACACACGUCAGCCGAUGAGAAGAAUAUGUGCAAGUCUCAAGGGGAACCAAAGGAAACUGAGAGCAACAAAAUCACUGUCACCAAAGUGUUUGACUUUGCUGGCGAAGAGGUGAGGGUCACCAAGGAAGUUGACGUUGCUUCAAAGGAAGCCCAGCGCUUUCGGAAACAGCUGGAGCCGAACGUGGCGACCCAGACAUCUCAUCCGACUGUUUCGGGAGUGAAGCGGCCUAGCAGCAUUAACAGCCUUCUGGGGAAGAUUGGCUCUAAAAAGCAGAAAAUGAGCACGCUGGAGAAGUCCAAGCUGGACUGGGAGAACUUCAAAGAAGAAGAAGGCAUCGGUGAUGAGCUGGCCAUCCACAACAGAGGGAAAGAUGGGUACCUGGAGAGACGAGCCUUCCUGGAAAGAGUGGAUUAUCGUCAGUUUGAGCACGAGCGAGAUCUCCGCCUGAGCAACAUGAAACCUUGAACCAGGGGCCGAGUCCGACUCUCCGAAUCCAGCCAUCCCCAGCAUGGCCUCUCCGGGACUUCUCUCCCACCGCAAUAGUCAAUAGGUGAACUGAGGACUUUGCCAGGCAAGGGGCAGCUCCGGGCAGCAGAUAGUUAGUUUAACUGGGCACAUCCUGUUGCCCGUUUCUCGGCCGGGGGAAAAGGGGCUGCAAGGCCGAUUCCCAGCUUGUCCACGUUUUUGGUAGUUUGGAAGAACACAGCAGACUCGGAUUGUGGAGUUGCUGCCAUCCCCUCCUGCUUGUGCCCGUCGCCUGGGCGCUGGUUCUGCAUGACACCAGCCCUGGGAUCCCCCACGUUGCUGGCACCAGUGGCCCCCUUGUGCCACUGAAAAGAGCCCCACACAACACACACGCGCACACACGCAGUCUUGCAUCGGACCAGUCUCGGGUUCUGGGGAGUAAAGUAGCAGCCCCACCCCCACCCCCAGCCUGCUUUCCUAAGAGACUUUCCCAUUCAGGAAUCCACAAGCUUCCUUCUUUUUUUCUAAUUCCUUUUUUCCCAGGUGUUUUUUUAAUUUUAAAGCAGCCGCUCUGAGCUCUCAGGCCCUGCAGAAAUCUCCUAAGAGCAGCAGCCUGCCUGGGAAGGAGGGAGGGAGGGAGGCGAGCCAGCAUCUCCUUUCUUCCCUUGAAUAAGUGUUAAAUCGGUUCUGGCAAGUGUGUCUUUCUUCCCCUCUUGGCCAAGGAGGCCAGGCAGCCUCCUGGGACUCGAGAGGAACUCCACUUCCCUCCCCAGAAGGCACUUUGCAAACUCAUUCUCUCCAUCCCAAUCUCUCGUUCUAGGACAGACAGCGUUGAAAGCUGUCAUAAGGUAGUCUUCGAUUUAUGACCGUGCAUGAGCCCCAGAUUUCCGUGGCUAAGCAAGACAGCUAUGCCCCCAUUUUUAUGACCUGUCCUCCCAGAGUUCAUAAGUGAAUCACUGCAGUUAUUAAGUUAGUGAGACAGUCGUUAAAUGAAUUUGGAUUCCCCAUUGACUUCGCUAGUCGGAAGAUCGCAAAAGGGGAUCACAUGAUCCCAGGACACCAACCGUCAUAAAUGUGAGCCAGGUGUCAAAGCAUCUGAAUUUUGAUAUGACCACAGGGAUGCUGCAAAGGUCAUAAGUGAGAAAAAUGGUCAUAACCAGGGGGUGGGAUUCAGCCGGUUCAUACAGGUUUGGGGGAACCGGCAGUUGUGACCUGUGGGGGGGGCCUGCCCACCCGCCCAGGCGCUAUGCCGUCCUCUGGAGCUGCAUUGUUUUAAGCCAGGCGUGUGCAAGCGCGCACACCUAUAAUUUUGGUGCUGGUGUGAACUGGUUGUUAAAUUAUCUGAAGCCCACCUCUGGUCAUAGCUCACCUUUUUCACUGCCAUGGUAAUUUCAAAGGGUCACUGAAUGAAUGGUUGUAAAUCAAGGACUACCUGUGGUUGAAUCCCUAAAGAGUUUUGAACAGAGUUUUUUCUUCACUUAAUACUCUGAGGAAAUUCUCUUAAACAUGUUACUGAAAACUUGGCUGUUUGUUUUUAAUAUCUAAUUUAUCAUGUUUGUCCCCCAAUUGUCUGUUGUACUAUAUCCUAACCUGUCUAUCCCAGCCUCAGUCUGAUCCUGCCCAUCGAGUAAUCGAACGUCUGUGCAGCACGCAGGAUCAAGAAGAGAUCUCUUGCAGGGCAGUUGAUGGCGGGAGAUCUUCUCGUAUCAGUCUAAAAGGGGGGAAAGAACAUCACUGUACACCUUUUAAUAAAAUAAGUGACUUCAGUAAACAUUAACAUUUUUAAAACAAAAUGGAUUGAGUG